AGAGGAACUGCACUGGUCCUCGCCAACUUCAUGCUUGUGGUGUCAUUUGAUAAAGCCUUCUUCGGUCCUCCGGCAGCCGGCGUACCUAUCGUCCUUCAGCGGGCUGAACAUUUUCGAAUCGGACAAUCGAAAUUUCGACAGCAAAAGCUGAGGAGGAAGAACGCCUUGCACCCCUGCCUCGCCAUUAGAGAUGUCAGGUUCAGAUCUGACGGCGAGGAGACUGGAGCCUCCACCUCCAGCGAGGUGAGGACGUGUCUAAUUUGGAUGACAAAGAUGUUGUCGACAUUGGGUGGUGGCGUCGCCGUCGAUGACGGCGUCAUCAACGUGGGAGAAGCCAACCUUUCUAGCCUUGAUGACGGUGAUGUUGACGAAGCCAGGAGUUCCGGCGGCCUCACCGGUGGCCUGGAAGAUGUAGAAGGUGGUGGUGGAGCCUCUGGUGAUCUGGUGGAGCUUCUUGGAGCCGAUGGAGCCGAUGUAGUCAACGCAGAUGUGAAAGGAGAGGAUGUUUUCUCUCUAUCUGCAAUUAAAUGUGAUGUGAUGAUUGCGUGUGCGGGUGGAGUGGCGUGUGCAGAUUCACUGUGUAAAAAGAGGCCCAACGCCAGCCCGAGUCUCAACAAGUCUUUUCGAAACAUGUAG